AUGACUAUGAUCGGCAACCUGAUAAGAUCUGGUAGAAGGCAGCUUCACACAAUCAUCUCUAAAGAAAUCAUUAAACCCUCUUCCCCGACCCCUUCACCCCUCAAAACUCACAAUCUUUCGUUCAUCGAUCAAGCCACCAUAAGCACGUUUGUCCCGUUUGUUACAUUCUACCCUAACACAGGCAUUUAUCCAAGUUCCCAUGAUAUAACACUUGACCUGAAGAAGUCGCUAUCUCAAACAUUAACCAAGUACUACCCUUUUGCUGGUAGGUUCGCCAAGGUAGCACCAUCCUUUGUAGAUUGCAACGACCAUGGAGCUGAGUUUCUUGAAGCUUCCAUUGAUAGCUCGCUCUCUGAUUUCCUUAAAACCUCGCAGCAUCAAGAUCUCGACCAAUUCUUUCCACAUGGUCUCGUAAAUCAAAAAUCCAAUCGUCCAAAUGAUGAUCAUCUUCAAAGCAACGGAGUGAUCCCGCUGGCUGUUCAGGUCAACCAUUUUGAAUGUGGUGGGGUAGCAGUUGCAAUGUCGUUGUCCCACAAGAUAGCAGACGGAAACAGUUUUGUUCAUUUUUUAAGCGACUGGGCAAAAAUGACACAAUUGUUAUCAUCGAGAGAGCAGAAACAUGGACUUCCCGAUGACCCCCACUUUAUUCCUUAUGAAUACAUGAAUCUAAAUUAUAAUGGUUUUUCACUUGGAUCUGAUGAAUGUGUUACAAAGAGUUUCAUUUUCCCUAAAGCAAAGAUAAACGAGCUUAAACUCAAAGUCAAAGCCAUGACCGCAGAAGCUGGACAACCCAUCACAGACCCUACUCGCAUUGAAGUUUUGAACUGGCUGCUUUAUAAUUCUGCAGUGACAGCAGCCACCAAAAAUAAUUCAGGGUGUUUCAAACCCACCGGUGUCGGUCAACUAACAAACAUGAGAAGCAGAUUUAUGGAGAAGUUGCCUGAAAAGAGCAUCGGAAAUUACUUCAUGAUAAUGGAUACUCUAACACACAACGAAAGUGAACUGAAGCCGGAGUCCUUCUUCAGUGAGCUCCGGAAGCAAAAGAAGAUGUUCCAAGGCAUAAGAGAUAUCCAAACCGCGUUUGGUAUUCUUUCGGGAAUUACUAUAAAAGAAGGUCAAAGAAGAUUUGAUAGUGUUUAUCUUUCUACAAGCUUGUGUGGGUAUUCUACAUAUGAGAUUGAUUUUGGGUGGGGAAAGCCUGUAAAAGCAACCAUGGCCGGAGAUCUAAGAAAGAAUAGUUUUAUUAUGAUGGAUGCUCCAGACGGGGAUGGCAUUGAAGUACUCGUGUGUUUGGGAAAGCAAGAUUUGGCCGUUGUUCAAAGUGAUCCUGAGCUUCUUGCCUUUUCUAAUUAG